UUCAAACCUUAUGCCAGGGUUUACCAACCAACCAGAAAAACUAAGAGAGUUUGAGCCAUUGUAUUAAUAUCCAUCCAGAUUUCAACUAUUACUUAUGGACAAGCUAGUAUCCUUUUGGUGCAUGGUAUAAUUUCAAAGCUUUAAAUCUAUUUAAUAACUUUAGAAUGGAACGAAAUUUAUAACUUUUUUGUGUAACUAGUUCUUUAAGUAAUGGCAAAUUUCUACUAUCUAUCAAUAGCUUCGUUUUCUACAUCAGUGAACAAUAGGUUGUUUUAUCCAAGUUUAUUUGCAAAUCCGUGGUGAAGAUCAAGCUGAUCUUUGAUUUAAAAUUUUCAUUGCAAGGCCUACUUUACGCACGCGUAUUUUAGCUGAAUGAAAUUUUAGCCAAUAGAAGUUUGGUGAGGCUUUUCCUUAGCAAGCUCCCGAAAUCGUACGGACCGAAUGAAUGACUGGACCGCGCGAGAAAUUACGAUGACGUCCUAAUUAGACAAAAUUACGCGACGUAACAAGCACUUAAUUAAAGAUUGUGAUUAAUUAGUGACGAAACAAAGACCGCGCGCGCAAAUUAACCAUAAUUGCAUUUGCUUGAAUCGUGCGCGGACGUUAUUUUUACUCAGAGAGAAAAUUGCGUUUGAAAUUGUUGAAUUUUGAUUGAAUUCGAAGCGAAAUGACCGAAACACAAGAUAUGCCUUUGUGCAAUGAAGUUACCGAGGCUACAGACGAUUUUGAAUCGGAUUUCGAAAGUCAGGAAAUGUUUGACUUGGGAGAUAAAUGGCUUUUUCCUAAAGCAAGUGAGCAUCUUGCAACUGUCCUAAAGCCAGGAGUUGUGCGUCCUCUGUCGCCGACGUUGGAAGUAAACGCUCCUGGAGAAGACGUGUUCCCAGGCAUUGCGAUGCUUUACGAAGGCUUUGACGAUAUGCUAGAGUGGAGAAACACGAUACGAUUUGUCGGCUUCUUCGUCAGAAAGGAAAAUAUGUUUGACAAUCGCCAUCACUGGAACAUGCGUACGAAAUUCUUGGAGGUUCGUGUCAGAUGUAUGGAGAAGAUCCUCGAAGAUCCGUUUGCGAAGCACCGUAAACCCGAGGGAGGAUUUUUCAUUCGUAUUCCGGUCACCGUUAAGAAAUCUUCGCGGAGCGAAGCUGGUGAUGUGAUCGCGCAAGAAUGUGUUGGCGCGAAUGACGGACAUUCCGACAAACGAAAUUCUGAGAUGGUGGAAAGCGGAAACCUUCACGAGGGGAAGAUUGAUGAAAAUGGCGGCAACUCAGCUUCGGCUGGAACCGGCGUCGAUGGUAAUGUUGCUCGUUGCGAGGAAGUACAAGAUUACGCUUCGUUUGCGAUUCACGGUUGUGAUGUCGAAAGUAUGACCGGAGAAGAUAUUAUGUUGGUUGGUCAAGACAGCGAGGGAAAGAUUGAUGGAGAUGGCAACUCAACUUUGGCUGGAAUCGACGUCGAUGGUAAUAGAGCUUGUUGCGACAAAGAAACUGCAGCAAAUGUUGUCUCAAAGAAGGAAAAUAUUCGUGGCGAAGUUGAAAACAAAGAAGAGAGAAAAUCGCAACCAGAAAUUGUCAGGAAAGACUUGGACACGGAGGAAAAUACCGAAAGCCAGUGUAUUUUACCUUGUCAAACGUCUGGUCAUUACGAUGGCAGAAAUGAAUGCCUGCGGGAUCUUGUAGUGGUUGGAAAAGCAAUUGAAGUUACCUUGAGUUCUGCAGAACUGGUCGGCGAAGCAGAAGACCCAGCCUUGAUCGAAGGAAGUAAUUUGAAGAAUCAAUUGAAAGAAUAUGGUUCAAAGUCUGAGGCAUGGUCUUGUUCGGUUCAAGACGAGUUGAUCCUCGAGGAUAUCAACGAUAAAGAUUUGGUUCCAGAUGCGAUAUUUUCAUCAUCUGCUAAAUUGGGUCACACGGGCGUUGAAGACAACCCAGGCGCGCAGGCAGCUGUCACAUCUACGACAAGCAAAACGUUUGGGAAAUCGGCUAUCCAACAGCAAAGACGUUUAUCAAGAUUCCAGCGACUACGAAGAAGUCUGGGGACUUUGUUUUCCUGUUUUGGAAAGAACAAAGUCACGCCUGUGAACAUUGGUUUGUCAUAGAGAGUAAUAAUAAUGGUAGUAUAAUGAUGACAUGGUAGAUACUGUUGAUGGGACAGUUGAGAGGAUGUUACACUUAAAGUUUGAGUUUUAUUUAUAUUGUUAAAGUUCUGUUUUAAGAUUAUUAUAGAAUGAUUAAGGUUAGGUUCAGUGUUUGGGGAUUUG